AUGAAAUUCUCCAUUCAUUGCUUGGGAGUAAUGACCAUGGAUUAUUUGGCUAUCAUGAAUGAAUUUCCCAUUCCGAAUAGCAAAAUGAGAACAAGUUCUAUGGAAAUGCACGGCGGAGGAAAUGCUGCAAACGUGGUGUUUCAUUUAAUUCAAAUGAUGAGAGAGAAAAUACCCACAAUCAUGAUGGACAAUGAAGAUCAAUACACCACAAAUAAGCCAAACAAAGUUCAGCUAGAAUUCAUUGAAAUUGCUCUUAUCAGUAAAAUUGGAAAUGAUGUCGUCGGAAAGGCAAUCUAUGAAGAAUUUGCCCAGUUACAAUGUCAUCAUGACGAUUCGGUCGAACGAACAACUAUUGAUUUGAAUUUGAAUAAUAUUGUAAAAUCACCAUCGGCUCAGUCUGCCUUUAGUUUUAUAAUGAUUACACCUAAUAAGCAAAGCGGAAAUGACCGAACCAUUAUUAACACUCCACUUUCGGAAGAGUUUUCGUUUAGUGAGCUUACUCAACAACAAAAACAUGCCAAUAUUGACAUUUUGUUUCUGGAUGGAAGAUAUUCUUCAGUUGCGAUUUCGUAUGUCAACACUCACACACCAAAAUAUGUCAUGAUGGAAUGUGAAAGAAUGCGGCCGACUUUGGAAUUGAACACAUUCCUAGAAUUAAUUACCAAGUCACAUAGCCUGUUCUUGUCCGAGAAUUUUCCAAUGGAAUAUUUAAACUAUGUGACACAAUUGGAUAGGCACGAUUCACUGAAUACAUGGAUCAAUCAAUGUAUUUCCCAAGAUGGUUAUGAUGCAAGAUUGAUAUCCAUGCACUUACUUUUUUCUCAAUUGUCAUGCAAUAAUGUGGAGGUACCAACUUUUAUAACCUGUACACUUGGGUCGAAGGGAUCCAUUGGAAUGAUAUUGCAUAAAGAAGAAGAGCAUUCACUUGAGGCACCACAUAUCAAGACAAUGGAACAACUUAUUCAAGACAAAAGUAGUAGUCAAAGUGACAAAUUUCCUCAAACUACAUUGUCAACAUUCUCACUUUCAGGCCCGUCAGGAGAAAAUUUCCAAUAUGCACUAAUCUAUUGUACAAGCCAUAACGAUUCCAAAUUUCCAAAUAUUGUGGACACAACUGGUGCCGGUGACGCAUUUAAUGCAGGCAUGGUUUUUUGUAUGAGUAGAUUUCUAAUGGAAACAACACAUCGAAAAGAACAACGAAAAACACCUACUCUCACCAUCUAUGAAUUGGGAAAGGCCUUAAAAUUCGCAAAUAUUUCAGCCUUCUACACGUGUACUGGCGUUGGUGCAAGAGGUGCAGGAAUUGAUCACGAAAAGGCAGAAAAAUUAUGGAACGAAUUGGAGAUGAUGUGA